AUGCUCCAAAGGCUCCAAAGAUCUCCUCCUCCGUUUGAAGAUGAACCUCCUCUGCCACCCCAUCAUGCUCCAAAGCCUCCGAAAGCUCCAAAGGCUCCGAAGGCUCCAAAGGUUAAAUCUCCUCCGCCAGCCAAGGCUCCUCCUCCCCCUUCUGUCACGCUACCACGGUCGCCGCCACCACCCAGGAGCUCGUCACCGCUCACUGGCAAAGAGUUUGACGUCAAGAGCUAUGGAGCUGUCGGCGAUGGAAAGCACGAUGAUGCCCAGGUGGAUGGAACUCUGCAUGCCAUCCCAAGGAGUGCGUGGCUGUCCAAGUUUUCCUCCGAGAAAAGCUGGCUCCUGUUCACUAAGGUGACGGACUUCACACUGACUGGCGGAACUUUCAACGGCAACGGCCAAGAUUGGUGGGCUCAUUCCUGUAAGAAAGACAAAAGCCAGGCUGUGAGGUUUGAGGACAGCAAGAACAUCAAGGUGGAAGGCAUCACCAUAACCAACAGUCCCCAAAUCCACAUUACGUUUUCGGACUCUCAGGCCAUCCAGGCAACAAACGUGGUGAUAAAUUCUCCAGAAAGCAGCCCAAACACCGAUGGUAUUCACGUUUCAGGGAGCACUAAUGUUGUAGUUAGAGACGGAGACAUCUCUGCCGGUAACUUUCCUAUAUCAGAUUCUGAUAUCAGUGUUUUAACUAUCUUUUCUUUGCACACAUAUCUGAAGGUGACGACUGCGUGUCGAUUGUUUCUGGGAGCUCCAACAUCCAGGUUUUGGGCGGGCGAUGCGGCCCUGGUCACGGCAUCAGCAUCGGAAGCCUUGGCAAGGGCGGGUCUUACGCCACCGUUUCCAACGUUCAAGUCUCAGGGUGGCAAAGGUUACGUGAGCAAUGUGAUAUUUGAAAAUAUCAGCAUGGACAACGUGAAGAACCCGAUCAUUAUCGAUCAAAACUACUGCGAUGGCGGCUGUGGCAAGAAGCGGGGAGUUACGUACUCGAAUAUCGUGGGCACUUCGGCAUCUCCGGACGGCAUCAACUUGCACUGCAGCUCAAGCGGCGCAUGCACGAACAUCCACUUCAGCAAUGUCAAGCUGACCCUGGGCAGCUCUGGAAAGAGCUCACCAAGUCUUCUUAAUCAUUCCAUGUCGAGGCGAAACGCGGAAAAAAGUUACUCCAGUGAAAGAUCGAGUACUGAAAGAGAGACGAAAAUAGCUUGCCAUUGGAAAAGAAAAGAGAAGAACAGCUUGCCAUUAGUACACCAUAUUCUCGCGUUGGAUCUAAGAGACCCGAGCCAAUGGAUGAAAGCGCAUCGUCAAAGCGUGGUGUUGGUUGCGGGACGAACAUGCGCUGCUUUGCUGCGAAAUGAGGACGAGGACCCACACGGCAGUGGCACAUGUCCAAGACGCGAGAAUUUGUGCGAAAACUCAAGCCAAGAGCAGCGUUGUGACUUGAUCGAACCACCAACACAAAGGCUUCAUUCCUCCUUCCAACAACCAAAGCCUUGA